GUAUCGGAAUAAAUAUGCGAUUUUUUUUUUUAAAAUCGACGUUGCUCUCUGACUUUUGUCGCUCCGCCGCUGGAUCCACGAACCGCCUAGUCGCUGCGGAAGACGGCGGCCGCCGAUUGCCUGAGCGGGCGUCUCGGUAAUCUCCGAUACCCUAGUGAUUGAACGAGUACCAGAAAGAAGCCAUGUCUGCUUCCACUGCCGGAGCGGCUGCAGCAUCGCCAGUUUCUAACGACAGUACCUCUCUGAGUUUAGACACAAAUAGCAAACCAAAUACACGGAGGAGAACAAUGGCAGUUGUGGAGAAGAGAUUAACCACUGAUGGUCUUACUGAAGGAGUAAAUAGAGCUUUGAGUGGGAAGGAUUUGAGCCAUACAAUAAAAGGAGAAUCUGUGAUUGAGAGAACGAAAGACUAUUCCAAGUUGAAGAAAGGGAUGAUUGCUUCAGCCACAAUUUCUCCACGACAUAGAAGAGUUGUACAGAAGCCUGAAAAGGCCAAGUGGCAGACUGUUCUGAGUGUUCUUACCAAGAAUUGUUUGCUUCUUGCUUCACUUUUGUGGUUGGGACAGACUAUUUGGAGAUGGGCUUACAACACUAGCGAUAAUGCUAACUCUCCUUUUGUUGCUUUGGAGUUUGAAAGAAAAAUUUCAGAAGUGGAGACAUCUUUAAAGAAGACUGCCAAGAUGUUACAAGUCCAGUUAGAUGUAGUCGACAAGAAAAUUGGGAGUGAGAUUGGAAUGGUGACCAAAGAACUUGUUAAGCAAAUUGAAAUCAAAGGAGCAUUCCUUGGUCAGGAACUCAAAAAGUUGGAAUCUAAAACUGAUUCUUUGGACAAGUCUUUGGGUGAGUUGAAAGAAAUGGGUCUCAUUUCAAGAGAAGAAUUCGAGAAACUCAUCAAUGAUUUAAAGAACAGUGAGAAUGUAGAUGAUGGAAGUAAAAUCCUUGAUUUGGAUCAAAUUAGGGUUAUCGCAAGGGACAUUGUUCAGAAAGAGAUAGAAAAGCAUGCAGCUGAUGGGCUCGGAAGAGUUGAUUAUGCUUUGGCGUCUGGUGGGGCUAAGGUGGUUAGGCACUCAACACCCUACAGUAAAGGUACCAAUUGGCGUUCUAGUGUUAUGGGGCAUAAUGGAGAUCAUGCUAAUUCACAUAAGAUGUUGGCUCCAAGCUUUGGAGAACCUGGACAGUGUUUUUCUUUGCUAGGAAGCAGUGGAUUUGUUGAGAUUAAGCUAAGAACAGAGAUAAUUCCUGAGGCAGUCACUUUGGAGCAUGUUGCAAAGAGUGUGGCCUACGACAGGUCAAGUGCCCCAAAAGAUUGUCGAAUAUCUACUUGGCUUGAAUCGUCCGAUGUUGGACUAUCUAGUAACGCCAGGCACGUUGUCACCUUAACUGAGUUCUCCUAUGACCUAGAGAAGAGCAAUGCACAAACCUUCAACAUCGAGGCAACCAACUCGGGCGUGAUUAACAUGGUUCGAUUUGACUUCACCUCCAACCAUGGGAACACGAGUCAUACAUGCAUCUACCGGUUGAGAGUGCACGGUCAUGAGCCCAUCUUCACCUCUUAGCUUCUUCCAGAGAUGGAUGCAGUCACCCUGAACGAUGUCAUACACAAUCGAUGGAAUUGUUGCAGUGGCAUUUAGAGAGGGUGAGCUUUUUGCCCUUUUGUCAUUUAAGUCUGGUCUUUGGUUUUGCCAGACUGACUAACUGUAGUUUAUCUGUACAUCUUGGUGCACAUUGUGUGCGAUAACCAAUUGUUUUAUUUUGCAUUUAGGUUAUCUACUGUUAUGAUUGUCGAAUUUGGAUAGAAAUUGAGUGCGCCAAAAUUUGAACCUAAUAUUUCUAGUGAUUUGUCGUUAUAAAAGCUAUUCCUUAUUUAUUCA